UCGGUGCGUUUGGCUGAGCCAGCGGCGAGCGGCGAGGGGAGCGGCAGGGUGGCCGGCUGGUGUCAGCCGCCAUGGAGGCCGUUCCCCGCAUGCCCAUGAUCUGGCUGGACCUGAAGGAGGCGGGUGACUUCCACUUCCAGCCGGCCGUGAAGAAGUUUGUGCUGAAGAAUUAUGGAGAGAACCCAGAAGCCUACAAUGAGGAACUGAAGAAGCUGGAGUUGCUUAGACAGAAUGCUGUCCGUGUACCACGGGACUUUGAGGGCUGCAGUGUCCUCCGAAAGUACUUAGGACAGCUCCACUACCUGCAGAGUCGGGUCCCCAUGGGCUCAGGCCAGGAAGCCGCCAUCUCUGUCACCUGGACUGAAAUCUUCUCUGGCAAGUCUGUGGCCCAUGAGGACAUCAAGUACGAGCAGGCCUGCAUUCUCUACAACCUUGGGGCACUGCACUCUAUGCUGGGGGCCAUGGACAAGCGAGUGUCUGAGGAGGGCAUGAAGGUCUCCUGUACCCACUUCCAGUGUGCAGCUGGCGCUUUUGCCUACCUGCGCGAGCACUUCCCUCAGGCCUACAGCGUCGAUAUGAGCCGCCAGAUCCUCACGCUCAAUGUCAACCUCAUGCUGGGCCAGGCUCAAGAGUGCCUCCUGGAAAAGUCGAUGUUGGACAACAGGAAGAGCUUUCUGGUGGCCCGCAUCAGUGCCCAGGUGGUGGAUUACUACAAGGAGGCAUGCCGGGCCCUGGAGAACCCUGACACUGCCUCACUGCUGGGCCGGAUCCAGAAGGACUGGAAGAAGCUGGUGCAGAUGAAGAUCUACUACUUUGCAGCAGUGGCCCAUCUGCACAUGGGGAAGCAGGCUGAGGAGCAGCAGAAGUUUGGGGAGCGGGUUGCAUAUUUCCAGAGUGCCCUGGACAAGCUCAAUGAAGCCAUCAAGUUGGCCAAGGGCCAGCCUGACACUGUGCAAGAUGCACUUCGCUUCACUAUGGAUGUCAUUGGGGGAAAGUACAAUUCUGCCAAGAAGGACAAUGAUUUCAUCUACCAUGAGUCUGUCCCAGCACUGGACACCCUUCAGCCUGUUAAAGGAGCCCCCUUGGUGAAGCCCUUGCCAGUGAACCCCACAGACCCAGCUGUUACGGGCCCUGACAUCUUUGCCAAACUGGUACCCAUGGCUGCCCAUGAGGCCUCGUCACUCUACAGUGAGGAAAAGGCCAAGCUGCUUCGGGAGAUGAUGGCCAAGAUUGAGGACAAGAAUGAGGUCCUGGAUCAAUUCAUGGACUCGAUGCAGUUGGACCCUGAAACAGUGGACAACCUUGACCUGUACAACCACAUCCCACCCCAGCUCAUGGAGAAGUGUGCAGCUCUUAGCGUCCGGCCUGACACUGUCAGGAAUCUCGUCCAGUCCAUGCAAGUGCUGUCAGGUGUGUUCACGGAUGUGGAAGCCUCCCUGAAGGACAUCAGGGACCUACUGGAGGAGGAUGAGCUGCUUGACCAGAAGUUCCAGGAGGCAGUGGGUCAGGCCGGGGCCAGCCCAGCAGCCCCCAAGGCUGAGUUGGCAGAGGUGAGGCAAGAAUGGGCCAAGUACAUGGAGGUCCAUGAGAAGGCCUCCUUCACCAACAGCGAGCUGCACCGUGCCAUGAAUCUGCAUGUUGGCAAUCUGCGCCUGCUCAGCGGGCCCCUGGACCAGGUCCGGGCUGCCCUGCCCUCGCCAGCCCUAUCUUCAGAGGACAAGGCUGUGCUGCAGAACCUGAAGCGCAUCCUGACCAAGGUGCAGGAGAUGCGGGACCAGCGCGUAUCCCUGGAGCAGCAGCUGCGGGAACUUAUACAGAAGGAUGACAUCACUGCCUCGCUGGUGACCACAGACCACUCUGAGAUGAAGAAGCUGUUUGAGGACCAGCUGAAGAAGUAUGACCAGCUGAGGGUGUACCUGGAGCAGAACCUGGCUGCCCAGGACAAUGUCCUCAGAGCACUGACAGAGGCUAAUGUGCAGUAUGUGGCUGUGCGGCGGGUGCUGAGCGAACUGGACCAAAAGUGGAACUCCACACUGCAGACCCUGGUGGCCUCCUAUGAAGCCUAUGAGGACCUGAUGAAGAAGUCCCAGGAGGGCAAGGACUUCUAUGCAGACCUGGAAAGCAAGGUUGCUGCUCUCCUGGAACGGGCCCAGUCCACCUGCCGGGCCCGUGAGGCUGCCCGCCAGCAGUUCCUGGACAGAGAGCUGAAGAAGAAGCCACCACCACGGCCCACUGCCCCAAAGCCACUGCUGCCUCGCAGGGAGGAGAGCGAGGCAGUGGAGACAGACCUGCCUGAGGAGCUGCGCAGCCUGCCCCCUGACAUGGUGGCUGGCUCCCGGCCCCCUGACACCUUCCUGGGAACUGCUGUCCCACUCCACUUUCCUCCCAGCCCCUUCCCCAGCUCUGCAGGCCCAGGACCCCACUAUCUUUCAGGACCUUUGCCCCCCAGUACUUACUCGGCCCCCCCUCAGCUGUUGCAGCCUGGGCCUCCCCAGGCUCCGGGGCACCCUGCAAUGGCCGUGGCACCUGGGACCACCCUCUACCCAGCUCCUGUCUACACACCCGAAUUGGGCCUUGUGCCCCAAUCCUCCCCCCAACACGGUGUGGUGAGUAGUCCCUAUGGAGGGGUAGGGCCACACCCACCUGUUGUGGGUCUGCCCUCCGCCCCAACUUCCCAGUUCUCAGGCUCCGAGUUGGCCAUGGGGGUCCGGCUAGCCACCACCACAGUAGAUAGUGUUCAAACCCCCAUCUCCAGCCACACGGCACCACGGCCAAACCCCACCCCUGUUCCUACUCAGCGCUGCUUCCCAGUGCCCUCACCUCAGCCACUGGCCACACCCUAUGCCUACCCUAUAGGGACCAAGCAACCCCUCCCAGCCCAGCACCACUUUCCUACCAGGAUCCCUACAGGUUACCCAGCUCCAAGGGUUGCGUCCCAGCCACAUCCCUCACGAGCUGCGUUUGGGCCUCAGCCCCCCCCACUCCAGCAUCCACACCUCUUCCAACCCCAGACCUCAGGUCCCCUCCCUCCCCAGUCCCCUUUCCCCUUUGCUCCUCAGCCUGGUGUCCUGGGGCAGCUGCCACCACCCCUGCACACCCAGCUGUACCCAGGCCCCUCUCAAGAUCCUCUGCCGCCCCAUUCAGGAGCUCUCCCCUUCCCUAGCCCUGGGCCGCCUCAGCCUCCCCAUCCCACCUUGGCAUAUGGUCCUACCCCUUCCCCCAGGCCCCUAAGCUCCCAGGCAGCCCCGCUCUCCAUUCGAGGCACCCCGCCUGCCAGCCAGCCAGCCCCCACUCCUCACCUGGUGCCUUCACCUGCCCCAUCACCGGGGCCUGGCUCGGUACCUCCUCGGCCCCCUACUGCAGAGCCGCCCCCAUGCCUGCGCCGAGGCUUUGCAGCGGCAGACCUGCUCUCCUCUAGCCCUGAGAGUCAACACGGUGGCUCGCAGCCUCCUGGGGGUGGGCAGCCCCUGCUGCAGCCUACCAAGGUAGACGCAGCCGAGGGCCGUCGGCCACAAGCCUUGCGGCUGAUCGAGCAGGAUCCCUAUGAGCAUCCUGACAGGCUGCGGCAGUUGCAGCAAGAGCUCGAGACCUUUCGGGGCCAGCUGGGGGAUGCAGGGACUCUGGACACUGUGUGGCGGGAGCUGCAAGAUGCACAGGAACAUGAUGCCCGUGGCCGCUCCAUCGCCAUCGCCCGCUGCUACUCCCUGAAGAACCGGCACCAGGAUGUCAUGCCCUAUGACAGUAACCGUGUGGUGCUGCGCUCAGGCAAGGAUGACUAUAUCAAUGCCAGCCGUGUGGAGGGGCUCUCACCAUACUGCCCACCUUUGGUGGCCACACAGGCCCCGCUGCCUGGCACAGCUGCUGACUUCUGGCUCAUGGUACAUGAGCAGAAAGUGUCAGUCAUUGUCAUGCUGGUGUCUGAGGCUGAGAUGGAGAAGCAAAAGGUGGUGCGCUACUUCCCCACAGAGCGGGGCCAGCCCAUGGUGCACGGGGCCCUGAGCCUGGCCUUGAGCAGUGUCCGCACCACUGAGACCCACGUGGAGCGUGUGCUUAGCCUGCAGUUCCGGGACCAGAGCCUCAAACGCUCCCUUGUGCACCUUCACUUUCCCACUUGGCCUGAGUUAGGCCUGCCAGACAGCCCCGGCCACCUGCUGCGCUUCAUCCAGGAGGUGCAUGCGCAUUACCUGCACCAGAGACCCCUGCACACACCCAUUGUUGUGCACUGCAGCUCCGGUGUGGGCCGCACGGGAGCCUUUGCUCUGCUUUAUGCAGCCGUGCAGGAGGUGGAAGCUGGGAAUGGGAUCCCUGAGCUGCCCCAGCUGGUGCGGCACAUGCGGCAGCAGAGGAAACACAUGUUGCAGGAGAAGCUGCACCUCAGGUUCUGCCACGAGGCGGUGGUGCGACAUGUGGAGCAGGUUCUGCAGCGCCACGGUGUGCCCCCUCCUUGCAAGCCCUUGGCCAGCACGAGCAAUAGCCAGAAGAAUCACCUGCCUCAGGACUCCCAAGACCUGGUCCUCGGUGGGGAUGUGCCCAUCAGCUCUAUCCAGGCCACCAUUGCCAGGCUUAGCAUCCGGCCUCCUGGGGGCAUGGAUAUCCCCCCUGCCAGCCUGCCAGGCCCUGCAGAGCUCCCCACCCUGCCUCCAGCCAGCCUCAUGGAGCCUCCUCAGCUCCCAGCCUCUUCCCCACCCCCUCCUCCUUCACCCCUGCCUGAGGCCCCCCAGCCUGAGGAGGAGCUGCUGGUACCUGAAACCCCCAGCCUGGGGCCCCCCUCUUCCUCCUUGGAGCUGCUGGCCUCCCUGACCCCUGAGGCCUUCUCCCUGGACAGUUCCUUGCGGGGAAAACAGCGGAUGAGUAAGCAAAACUUUCUGCAGGCCCAUAAUGGGCAGGGGCUGCGGGCUGCCCGGCCCACCGAUGACCCUCUCAGCCUUCUGGAUCCACUCUGGACGCUCAACAAGACCUGAACAGGCUUUUGCUUUUUGAGUCCUCACACUACAUCAUCUCGCAUGCCCACCUGCCCAGCAGGGCCCCUCAAGGUGGGCACAGCCUCUUUUCCCAUUCUCGCUGCCUUCAGCCCUGGCCCAGCCCUGGCCCAGCCCACACUCCUGUCGGGUGGUGAUACAUUGUGGGCCUUGGGUCAGGUUCUCCUCUAGCUCUUUGCUAAUGAAAUAGUAAAGCAACCUGUUCUGUG